AAGCUGUAUGGGUUCUUCGGCACUUGUCCGGCCCAGCCUUAUUGUUACAACGAACCACAACCACCGGUUCAUCUGUGUCCAGGCCCAGAAUGUCCGACUUCGACGACGAACUCCUAGAACUGGUCGAGGCUGACCCGAGCAAAGAGCGCAAACGGAAACGGAGCAAUGGUAGCAAAAGUAAAAGUAGUCAUAGCUCCAAAAGACGCAAGGCGGAAGUGUCUGACGAUGAGCCGGAGAGCGAGGAAGAGGAGGAUGACCCAUAUCCUCUUGACGGCAAAUAUAUGGACGAAGCUGACAUGCAACGGCUUCUGCAGUUGCCAGAAGUUGAACGUGAAGACAUAAUCGCCACACGAAUGGAAGAGCGGCAGAAGGUUCUGGAUAAGAAGGCGUUAGUACUUCUGCUAAAGGAACAACGAGAAAGAGACCGAUUAGGGGACACAGACGGAGGACCCACAGGGGUAGCCAAGGCUGCUAAGCGCCAACACACCGCUCGAGGUGCUACAAAGGAAAAGAGUAACAAGUUAGACGAGUUGAAAGCUAAACGCAAAGCCAAAGACGAGAAGAGCAAAAACCGCACAUACUCUCCCAAGCGGGAACGUUCUUCUUCUCCGAUGGAUAUGGAAACAUCAUCAUCCGACGAAGAUGAGGACGGAGUAAUUACUAAAGAUGAGCAAGAAGAAGAGCGUGCUAAUCGACUAUUAAAUGGCGGCCCCAGUGCUGUACAAAAAAACGAGAUACCGGCUACUUUGGAAGAUUUGGAACGUUGCCGUUUAUCUCGUUCUUCGUUGCUCAAGCAUUUCCUAUCGCCGUGGUUUCCUCAAUAUAUUAAAGGAAUGUGGGUGCGCUAUCUAAUUGGAGGUGAAGGGAGAGAGCCUGUUUACCGGAUAUGUCAAGUCGAUCAUCUGGUGGACGAGACUGUCAAACCUUACCGGAUCGAAGAAAAGUGGUUCGAUCGUCAGGCUGAGCUCGUCCACGGUCAAGCAAAGAGAAAAUUCAAUCUAGAUCAAAUUUCAAAUUCUCGAUUCACUGAGAAAGAAUUUGAUCGCCUUCAGAAAACGUUAAUGCAGGAACAGGUCCCUCUACCGACAAAGUCCUCAAUUGAUACCAAAGUAGCAGAAAUGCUCCGACUUACCUCGCAACGAUGGACAGAAAGCGAUGUUAGCAACAUGCUCAACAAAGCUCGUACCCUCGGCUCCCAACGACCACCGGGAUGGACAACUUUAGAGCGUUCUAGACUGAACCAAGCCCGAACACUUGCCCUACGACGACAAGAUCACUCCGAGGUUGCUGAAUUGGAUGCCCAAAUUGCUGAGUUUGACGCGAGAUACGGAAAUGGCAACUCAAAUGGGAAUCAAGAUGAGAAUGGACGAAAUAGCAGUGGGAGUGACGUAUUGAUAAAACUUAGUGAGAAGAAUCGGAAGGCGAAUGCGGAGGCCGUGCGAAGGGCAGAGCAGCAAGAGGCAGAAAGAAAGAGGAGAGAACGAAAACUUGCGAUGAAUGGUAGUGGAGCGGCAACACCAGUCGACCCUAGUGCGAGGUUGAAGAUUGUUCCUAGGACCUUGAUCGCAAGAACACCGACGCCCGGUCCUUCGAGGUAUGUUAUUUUUUUUCUAUCGAGGUGCGGUCAUAAUGAAUUUGCCAGACCUGGGACUCCUACCGCUUCUGCGUUGUCCAAGGAGGCAACUCAUUCUGCUUCCCCUUUGUCUGGCUCGUCCAAGAGCAACGGACAAUCAUUCGAAGCAUCUGUCAUUGCAUCCCUCGAGGUUGAUUUGGGAGAUUUCUGAGGUUCUGCUGUAGUGUGGGGUGGAUAACAGUGUAGAGUACAGUUAUUCAUGUGUAGAUUUUUUGUUUGCCCAAGGGUAUCUAGUUGUGCGUAUAAUCAAUUGCUGUAUACUAAGAUCUAAUGGAUACGUACGUACGUACAGUAACAGGUGAAAUGAGAGUGAAGU